UCAUGAUCAGCCCGGAGCUGCGCCGAUGAGAGCACUGAAACACACUCACACACACACACACACGCACACGCACACAAAGUGCCCGACUCGGAUGGAGUGAUCAGCCCGCUGCCAUGCACUCUUUCCCGUAGUUGUCACGGGCUGCUGGCAUACGUGGAAAAACACUCACUCCCGCUUAUGAGACCAGUUGCAACACGGAAUGACAUGAAACGAGCACCGCUACUCACCGGAGCUAACUUUUUUCCACACUGCUGUUUUUUUCUCUCCCGAUUCGGCUAGUUUUCUAGCUGCCUGAGCUAACCGUAAACCGGGCUGUUUUAAUGUAAUUAGCCACACGACUUCACUAUCGUGCACAAGGAUCUUUCGGCUCAUGAGGAAUCGACGAACACACGUCUUUACUGGGUUUUGAGGCCGACGACACUAAAAUGAAGAAACAGUUUAAUCGGAUGAGACAGCUCGCCAAUCAAACAGUUGGCAGAGCGGAGAAAACAGAAGUCCUCAGUGAUGACCUGUUACAGAUUGAACGCCGUAUGGAGUUGGUGCGGGUCGUUUCGCACAACACGCACAAAAAAAUGGCUGUGUGUUUGCAGGGGCAGAUUGGCACUGAUGCUGAGAAGAGACAUAAAAAGCUUCCACUGACAGCGCUGUCACAGGCCAUGCAGGACGGUGGGAACCAGCUGGGGGAGGAGUCUCUGAUUGGGAAGAUGAUGGAGAUGUGUGGAGAUGCGGAGAACAGACUGGCCUCAGAGCUGAUGCAGCAUGAGAUGAACAUCGAGAAGGAAAUCUUAGACCCCCUUAAUCAGCUAGCAGAGUUUGACAUUCCUAACAUCCUGAAACAGAGGCGGCAGUUAGCCAAGCUGGUUCUGGACUAUGAUUCUGCCCGGGCAAGGUGGUUGCAGGCGACCAAGUCAAUAAUCUCAGGAACAAACACACAAGCACUGACAGCCAAAGCAGACUCGCUUAAAGAAGAAGUUGACGAAGCUAUGAACAAAAUGGAGCUGUGUAAGGAUCAGCUUUCAGCAGAUAUGUACAACUUCUUCUCAAAGGAGGCAGACUAUGCCCGCUACUAUGUAAUGUUAUUAGAGGCGCAGGCGGAUUACCACAGAAAAUCUCUCACCUUGCUCGAGAGCGUCCUGCCAAACAUUCAGGCUCAACAAGACUCAUGGAGUGAGAAGCCAGCGUUUGGGACAGCUCUGGACGAGCACCUGAAGCGCAGCAGCAGAGAGAUUGCUCUGCCCAUAGAGGCAUGUGUCAUGAUGCUACUGGAGACUGGAAUGAAAGAGGAGGGUCUGUUCCGCAUCGCAGCAGGAGCCUCUAAACUGAAGAAGCUGAAGGCUGCUCUGGAUUGCUCCACCUCACAGCUGGAGGAGUUUUACUCAGAUCCACAUGCUGUUGCUGGGGCACUGAAGUCGUAUCUCAGAGAGUUGCCUGAACCUUUGAUGACUUACCAGCUGUAUGAUGAAUGGAUACAGGCCUCCAAUGUUCCUGACCCAGACAAACGAUUACAAGCUUUGUGGGUUACCUGCGAUCAGUUACCAAAAAACAACAAGGCAAACUUCAGAUAUCUUGUUAAGUUCCUCGCUAAACUUGCACAGGAAAGUGACGUUAACAAGAUGACGCCCAGCAACAUCGCCAUUGUCCUUGGACCCAACUUACUGUGGGCCAAAACUGAGGGGAGCCUAGCAGAAAUGGCUGCUGCAACCUCUGUCCAUGUGGUUACUAUAAUCGACCCCAUCAUCCAGCAUGCGGACUGGUUUUUCCCUGAGGAUGUGGAUUUUAAUGUAUCCGGCAUGUUUUCGAUGCCCGCACCCCUGCCAAACAAUGUCAAUCACCUGACGCCGCCAGAUUAUGACUCAGGCACCAUAGAGAGAAAGAGACCUGGCAGUAUGGUUGGUCCAGAUGGGGAUAUGCCCCGAAGAGACAGCUCUGCUAAUAAAUUAAUGGACCACAAUCCUCGUAGAGGCAAUACUGUACCUAGAAAGCAGCACGCUUCGCCUGCCUUCCAGCCUCCGCUGCCCCCGGUGGAGGCUGCGGGUGGUGCAGGGGGUCAGUCCACAGCUGAACUCCUGCUCCAGCAGCCUGCGCAGGUGGGUCUGGGCUUAGAGAACUGCCAGCCUGGGGUGGCACUGGGGAUGGCUGCCCUGGCAGCAGCACAGCAGCUUCUAGCACAGCAUACUGAGGAGAUCAGUUCAAAGAGCCGAGACUCUGCAUCCACUCCUCCUGCUCAGAGAAAUGGCACUGGAGGCUCAGGACAGCUGAGUGUGGGGACCCCUGUGGCGGGAUCUACAGGACCCAGUCCUCACAUGACACGCAGAGGUACAAAGAAGCCUGCUCCAGCUCCACCUAAACCAGCCAACCCUCCACCAAUCCAACCAGCCAAUCAGCCCGUUCCACAACAGACCCAAUCAGGCACCCCUCAGUCCUUCAGCCCGUCCCCUAGACCGCUUUCCAGUUACUCUCCAACCAAUCUGAGCCCCACACAGACCCAGGCCCAAACCAACACCACCCCACGCCGCCACUCCAGCAACCAGCCUCCCAUUCAGGCACCCAACCACCCACCUCCACAGCCCCCGACCCAAACCACUCCACCUCCCCAAACCGGCAUGCUUGGUGACCAAGCUGAAGACCCCUCGCCUCCACAUACCCCCACCCCACCGAGCACCCCUCCUCCCACAGCAGUCUUCCAGGACAGUCCUAGUCCCACCGCGCCUCCGGUGUUCCAGUCAGGGUCGCUUCCACGCCCCAGGCCUGUGCCCAAACCACGCAACAGACCCACUGUCCCCCCUCCGCCUCAGCCUCCAGCCAUAGGAAGUGACAGCAAUGGAAUUUGCAGCGCUGCCUUCAAAACAAUGGAAUCGGGGAUGACAUUUAAAGCAGUGGGUCGAGCUCUCAUUCCGGACAUCGCAAUUGAGAAGCCUGUAACUCACCUGAAGGACGCAGACCUCGACACAGAGAGCACCGUACUGUAAAAUAUGGCCUUCACACAAACAACUGCUCCCUUAACCAAAGGUUUGAUUAAAGGGCUGCUCUACUCGACCAUUACCAAAGUGUUCAUCACCUUGGCUGUACUUCUGCAACCCCCUUCGCUUAAGACAAUCAACAAUCCCAGUGGCACCAGGGAAACCGAUGCUUUGUGAUGUAGCACGUUUAUUCCAAUCUGCCUUUUCAUUUCGGAUGGUGGCGAAAAUAAAAAGAGCUGUAUUGCAUGAGAGGAACUGGGAUUGAAUGGUGAUGGGUGAAAAUGGAGAACAAGAAAAUAAGCGGAUCGUUUCGAGGUACUUGGAGGUGAUUCUUAAGUGGCCUUAGCUAAACAAGCAAACACUCGAAUUAAAAGGUGAAAGACACUAAAUGAAAGCAGCACAACUGUGGCUUUAUGUAUAGCUCGUGACUGCAGGUCUCCAGUCAGCUUAUACACUACAUUCCUUGUUUUCAUUUGCCUUAUUAUUAUAAUUAUUAUUAUUUUACUUUGGAUAGUAACGUGCAGUACUUUGGUUGAAGGUCUAUAAAUGCCGAAUGAUUCAUUUUCAGUGGGAGCUUGUUUCCGUCAUAAAAUUUAAAAAACAAAAGGUUUUUUUUUCAUGACAUUUCAGUUUUUCUAUUGUGCAAAUUUAUAUCUCAUCAUUCAGACUUUGUAUAUUAGCACAUGUGUUUUGAAUUAAGUCUAAAUUGUGAGAUAUACAAGUAGCAAUAUGAGAAAUAAAGUUGCAAUAUAAAUAUAAACUUAAAAGUUGCAGUUCAUUAAGAUAAUGGGAGAAUUGUGAGACAUAAAUAGAAUUUUAAGAAAUAAAAUCACAAUUUGAAGAAAUAAAAUGCAAUUUUUCAUAGUAUGAUGAAUUGCAAAAUUUUUUUUUUUGCGCUGUAUGUACAUAUAUACCACAACAAAACUGAGAAUUGCAAGUAUAGAUUAGCAGAACUAGGAUUUUUGUUCUCACAGUUGCAAAUGUUUCUCAAGUUUGCCCUUUUUUCGAGAAUGUUUUGUGAACACUUUUAAUAACUACACACUAUAAACAAUUUAUUAAGCAUUAGCAAAUAGUGAAUUCAUUAU